AUGGAUGAUGAAUAUGCUAAGCUUAUAAGAAGGAUGAAUCCGCCAAGGGUUGUGAUCGACAACAAUGCCUGUGAAAACGCCACUGUUAUUCAGGUUGACAGUGUCAACAAACAUGGGAUUCUCCUGGAUGUUGUCCAAGUUAUUUCAGAUAUGAACCUUGUAAUAACAAAGGCCUACAUCUCCUCUGAUGGGGUAUGGUUCAUGGAUGUGUUUAAUGUGAUUGAUCACAAUGGAAACAAAAUCAGAGAUAAGGAAGUCAUUGAUUAUAUUCAGAGGAGAAUUGAAAACAAUCCGAGCUUUGCACCCUCACUGAGAGAGUCUGUUGGAGUUGUACCUACUGAAGAACACACUGUAAUUGAACUCACUGGGACGGACCGUCCUGGGUUACUAUCUGAAAUCUGUGCAGUUCUCACGGACCUUCACUGUAAUGUGGUGACUGCUGAGAUAUGGACACACAAUACUAGAGCUGCAGCUGUAGUUCAUGUGACAGAUGAUUCCAGUGGCUGUGCCAUCAAGGAUCCGUCUCGCCUCUCUACAAUAAGGGAUUUGCUUUCUAAUGUUCUUAGGGGGAGUAAUGAUCCAAAGACAGCAAGGACAACACUUUCACCUCCUGGAGUUACAAAUAGGGAUAGAAGAUUGCAUCAGAUUAUGUUUGCUGAUAGGGACUAUGAGAGGAUUGAAAGAGCAGGACGAGGGGGACUCAGAGAUAGAGAUAAACGUCCUCUCCCUCAUGUAACCGUUGUAGAUUGUGUUGAGAAGGAUUACACUGUGGUUACCAUGAGAGCAAAAGAUCGACCGAAGUUAUUGUUUGACAUUGUUUGCACUUUAACUGACAUGCAGUAUGUAGUAUUUCAUGGGGUUGUCAAGACAUCACGGACAGAAGCUUUUCAGGAGUUUUAUAUUCGGCAUGUUGAUGGCUUUCCCAUUAGUUUAGAGGCUGAGCGCGAACGAUUAGUGCAGUGUCUUGAAGCAGCAAUUGAAAGGCGAGCAUCUGAGGGAAUGGAGCUUGAGUUGUGCACAGAAGAUCGUGUAGGACUCCUCUCAGAUAUCACAAGAAUAUUUCGAGAGAACAGUUUGUGUAUCAAAAGAGCAGAAAUAUCAACAGAAGAAGGAAAGGCAAGAGAUACUUUUUAUGUCACAGAUGUUACUGGUAACCCAGUUGACCCCAAGAUUAUAGAUUCAAUUCGCAGACAGAUUGGUGACAAAGUACUGAACGUAAAACAUAACUCUAGUCUCUCACCAAAGGCCCCUCAACCCACAACAAUUGGAUUUCUCUUAGGAAACUUUUUCAAAGCUCGAUCUUUUCAGAAUUUUAAGCUGAUCAGAUCUUAUUCUUGA